AUGAAAAAUGAAAGGAAGCACACGGAAGAAACAAAUUUCAAAAAUGGCAAAAUAUAUGUAAUAUAUGACGAUAUUUAUGAUACACAUAGAAAGGAAAAAAGGCGUAGAAAUUAUUACUGCAAAAUUGUGAGAUUCCCCGACCCUCGAGUGUUAGUAAUCAGGGCGUUAAGUGAAGUGUAUAAUUUGAAGCACAGAGUGGAGUACCUCCCUCGUAGUUACCACUUCGGCGUAUCAAACACACACAGUUAUUUCAAUGGGGAAAAAAGGGGCGUCUACGAGACGCUGCUUCUUAUGCAUGCCCUGAAUAGCAACAGGGGGGUAGCAAAGAGCGCGAGUGGCAAAGCGGGGGUGAACCUCAGAAACGAAGGAACAAAUGACCAGGGCAACAACAACACCACACCAUUGACCAAGGUAAGAAGCAUCAGAAAACAUGAACACCUCUACCUAUUUCACAUUUUGAACGAAGCCCACCAAGUGUAUGAAUAUUUUUUUUAUCUGUAUGGCAAAUGCUACCAAAAGUACACUCGCCAAUUUUUCGUAAACAUAAAUCUAAACUACAAUUUGGUCAGAGGGUUUAUAAAAUUGCAAUACGUGAAUGAGUGCAUGUCAAGAAAGUACAAAAAUGUGUCCCUCGACAGUAUGCUGAAUAGACUGAUAAAACUGCUGCAUUUGUUUUCACAGCUUGGGAAGGAUUGCGAGCGAAUUGAGUGCAUCGUCUUGUACGUAUAUUUCUACACCUUUUUAUGUGUGCCCAUUUGUUUCUACCCAUGGGGUUGCCCCAAUUUCGAUCGCUUAAGCAGGAAAAUACUCAAAGAUGGAAACUUUAAUAUGAUCAUUAGCCAUGUACACGCCAAUAAAAAGAGCUUAUUUUCCCUCCUCCUAAAUAUCACAGAAGAAGCAACUAACUAUUUCGAAACUUACGAUUUUAACCUCGCCAUAUUGAUGAACGAAGUUGCCGGGGGAAGUGACAAUUUGCACCUACGCUACGAUGAAAGAAAUGGUCCGUGUUACCUCUGCCAUAAUGGCGGCCUGUUCGAAAAGAAGGGAGGGUACAUCAACUUAAGUGAAUAUCGCCUUCUGAAAGGCAUAGGCUAUAAUUCGCUGGGGCAGCUGUACAAGCCGCACUUCUACCACCUGACAGUGUUGAGACGGACGUUUUUGUUUCACAGAAAAAUGGAAGUGAUUCUGUCUUUUUUACGCCUCCUGGCCCAACGGGUGGUCGACAUGGAUCGGCACUACAGAAGGUGUGCAAGGGGGGGCCAGUAA